GCCGUCUUCGGGGCAGGGGGCAGGCACAGGAGUCCGCAGCCGCAGGACCAGCUCCCAGCAGGGAUUCCCUCGCCGGCCGGGGCGGCGGUGGCACUGGCUCCCUACUUCAGCGGCCGCCCCGUGUAAUGUGACACUUGAAUCUCCAGGACGACCAACAACAAAAAAGCUAAGGCCGAGGCAGCAGCUGGCUGUCAGCGCGGAGCAGAGGCACCCAGGGAGCAGCCGCGGGUCAGGAAAGAGGCGUCCGCAAAGGAAGGAAGAGGUGUGAGCCCGGCUGGAGGGGAAGCCGGAGGAGAGGCACGCGGAGGCUGCUGGGUCCCCCAGCACCUGCGGUUGCCCCCCAACCCCAGCACCUGACCUCCCAGGCUGGGGUAGGUGAGAGGGCAGAUUCUCUGGAGGCAGCUCCGUGGGGACUCCAGGUCCUCUCCCUGCUCUGCAGCUCAGGAGGAACCCCGGCAGGGACCCGGCACCGCAUGGCAGCCUCCAACCUUGCGCUGGAGAUGCGCUCCAUAGGGGAGAGGCUGCUGCACAAGCUGCAGAGGCUGCCCCAGGCCGAGCCCGUGGAGAUCGUGGCCUUCUCGGUCCUUGUCAUUUUCACAGCCACCGUGCUGCUGCUGCUGCUGACAGCCGCCGGCUACCGCUGCUGCUGCCCUGGGCGGGGAGGCAGGAAGGCCCUGGUGGGACCCAUGACCGCACCAUGAGGGCCAGGGCGACGGUCGAGGACGAGCCGGGGAGGAGACCGCCAAAACCGUGACCCAGGGAGUCAGCCUGGCCCUGCAGCCCUCACCCCUCAAGACAAAGAUCCACGGGCCCAGCCCUGGCCUAGCCCAGGAACCCAGACACUGACUGAGCUGGAGCCUCCUCCAGGAAAUAAGGGCUGUUCCGGCCACAAAACUCGCCUGACGGUGAACACAGGGUGCCGAGAAGGAGUUGACUGUUUCUAAGACAGAAAACCACCGGGGGUUCUGUGCCUACCUGCGCUUUCUAACAAAACACAGAGGUGGGGUCCCCACACCUGGAGAACAGCCCGCACGUGUGGGGAGCUGGCCUCAAGGCUCCCACGCCAAAGAGGAGCAGGCCAAUCGGAGAGAGGCUUUGCGCAGUAGCUCCUGAGUCCCACGCUCCCCCCAGAGCGUGGACACGUCUGUGUUCCAUUCCAGUAUCUGCCUGUUUCUUUCCCAGUAAAAGCUUUCUGGUUAUGUGUUUCUGUGGUGCCAGACUCCCUGGGCUGGGUUUUGUGCAUCAGGUGGGCAGCGUGCCAGAAUUCCAGGGACAUGGCCAGGGACCGUCCCUUCCAGGCCUCUGCUCUCCCUGUGCUCCCGGAAGCUGGAAAAACA